UGUUGCUGUUGUUUUUAAGUUCUUCAAUCCUCUUCCUGAAACUUUUUUCUAAUAUACCUUUAUAAUUGGCUUCUUGUUUACUUCAUACAAUCUAAUAAAUAUAUAUAUUCAAUUAGCCUCAAAAAAACUGCUGUCUUAAUUUAAAUACUGGAUGUGAUGGGAUUUUUCAGGAACCUGCAUAAGCAAUCCUUUUGGUUAAGCCCCAUGGAGUGAUUUGAGAGUCAUAAUUUUCCUAGUUUUAUGCUUCUUUUAAGCAUGGAAUAUGACUUGAGGACCUUUUUUUUUUUUUUAAUCGGUAGACUUGGUUUUGUUAAACUCCUCCUCCAAUGGAGUUGGUGAAAAUGCUGAGUGGAGGUUAGGAUGAGUAGGCUUGUAUGCAGUCAUUCUUUCUGGUUUUGUUGUUCCUUUUCCCUGAGCAGUUGGUAUGCUUUGCAGUAUUUUUAGUUCUGAUAGGACUAUUCUAACUCAACUUUGGUACAGUUCCAUUGACAUGAACUUGAUUGACUUCAGUUUUUAUUAUGAGGUUAUUUAAAGCAGCAAUAUACAUUAAAUUCCACAAAUCAGGUGCUAAAAUUUCUGCAUGGCCUUUCAGUUAAAUAUGCAAGGUGCACAACUAAUGGAAGAGAGGUAAUUAGCUCUUCCUCAAUACAUGUUUACUUACAGAUCACUGAUUCUCAGUCAGUGCUUCCUCAUAUUCCUGAUUUUAGGAUUAUUGCAGACUUGCAGCUGUUCUUAUUGCUUCUGCUAUUUUAGUGAUACAGGAGGCAGGUACUGUUAGCUCUAAUUCCAGAAACCUAUGCAUGUAUUUUGUGAGGGUUUUUUUUUUUUUAAUUAAUGUUUUGUUUUGAUUUGAGUAAGCUUGAUUAUUUUUAAGACUUCUCAUGAUAGUAAGUUAAGCACAGAAUUAAUUGUGUGAUUUGGUCCUUAUUGUAGACUGUACAUGUAUUUUGCACUUUUUGUACUUUUUUUCUGAUGAUUCCUUCAUGCUGUUUACUUUUCUGUGUUUUCUAAUUUUGGUUUUAUAGUUCACUAAGAGUGAAGGGUCACCGGUAGACUUGCAGUUGGAAACAAACAAUCCCCAAACACUUGAACCAUGUUAGGAAAAAAGAUUAGAGAAGUAUCUUCAGUGUUGUAGUCUGGAAUCUCUGAAUUUUCCCUCCGGUGAAACAUCAAUGGAUCGUCAAUGGAGGGAUGAAACCCUCCAUGGAUGGGUUUCCCAUGUCAGUUGUUUUGCUGACCCCGCAAAUAUCUUAAGGCUUGUAGUUCUGAGGGAGAAACCUGAUGAUUUUUAACUGCUGUCUUAAGCAACAGUAAUUAAAUUUUUGAGGUUCUAAUGUAAAUGCCAUGUUCUACAUCUUUUCUGUAACCUAGACAUGAUGGCGGAUGAUUUAAAGAAAUUUAUUGAAGAUCAGAAGGCUAAGUUGGCACAAGAUAAGGCAGAACUUGAAAAUGAUCUACCUUACAUGGAAAUGAGGAAUAAGGAAUCAGAGAAGCUUUCUGAAACUAGCAAGAUGUUAAUCUCCAUGGCUAAAGAAAAUAUACCUCCAAAUAGUCAACAGAACUAUCCUUUAGGUAACUAUGGCUUGAGUUUACCUCUUGGAGAAGAAUAUGAACGAAAAAAACAUAAACUCAAAGAGGAACUUCGACAAGAUUACAGGCGUUAUCUUUCUCAGAAAAAUUAUCUGACUACUGAAGUAGAUCCAUAUACUCAGGGCUUAUCUCUUCCUAUUGAUGAGCGAAGAUCUGCCAAGGAGAGAUUACGGCUUGAAAGAAACAAGGAGUACAAUCAAUAUCUCAGGGAUAAAGAAGAAUGGAAUGAAAGGCUAAGGAAAUUAGGGAAGAAAAACAGAGAGAAUGAGAUGCACAGGAAUAAAGCACCUGUUGCUGUUACCAGGCUCCAGCCAGAAUUACAUACAGAAGUCCAGCCAUGUAAUACAGGUGCAGAACCUCCCAAGAAGGAUGCUUUUACUUCCACAGAAGGUUGUGAAGAGCUGCUAAAUAAGAGAUGGCAGGAGGAAGACAGGUACCACAGGUUAGAUGAUGAGGUUGCAUUGAGAAGUCGACUAUUAAAUAAAAGACUUGAUGAGGAUUUUGAUGUUCCCAAUCGAAGACACAACGGAUUUGCUGGUCAAUCUGUAAUUCCUACUAGGAAGCACCACAGAUUUGAUGAAGAUGGUGAUUUUGGUAGAAGAUACCACAGAGUGGACUAUGAUCCUGAGACAAAUGCAGAAAUGGACCCUAGAUUUAGAUGUGAAAGUACCUAUGACAGAAAAACUCCCUGGGGUUUUUAUGCUGAAAGGCCCUAUCUGAAUGGAAUGGUAAGAGAUGUACCUGCAGAUUAUGAAGAUGAAUUGAAGGAGAGAGCACGUGUGCGGCCGUUCUCAAGAACUGGAGAUUCUAGAAAUCAGGUACGGAUUAGUUCUUCAGCUAAUGAACAGGCCAAGUCUGCAGCUGAAAGGCAGUAUGCAACAGGCCUUGUUCUUGGUGGUCAGGACCGGGAACUUCUGCAAAGGAGAAAGGAGAAAUACAGACAAGAACUAAUGGAACAGAUGGCUGAGCAACAGCGGAAUAAGAGACGUGAGAAGGAACUUGAGCUCUCAGUUGCUGCUUCUGGAGUUCAAGACCCAGAAAAGAAGCCAAAUAGAUUGAAGCAGUUUGGCUUCACAGCAAGAGCUUUUGAAGAGAAAGUACCUCCUGAAAGGCCCAGAGUGGCUUUCCAAACUCCAAUGCCUGCCCGUUCAGCCUCUCCAGUGAAUGAAGACUCUCAGAGUGAUAAAGACUUCCAGAGGGGCCUAGUCAGCAGUCUUGGGGAAAUGGCAGCUCCCAGGCUUGCACCAUUGCCACCGCCUCCACCACCAGUUUUGACAGACAACUAUAAAACACCUUAUGAUGAUGCUUAUUACUUUUAUGGGGCUAGGAAUCCUUUGGAUCCUGCUCUUGCAUACUAUGGUACAGGUAUGAUGGGAAUGCAACCCAUACCUAGUCUGGAUCCUCCUUUAGGCCAGGCCCCAGUAGAGCAGCCUGUAUGCAACAUUGGACAGAGGAAUACAGGAGACAGACAAAGAAGCAUAGGAGUGUAUUCUGAAGAAAAAACAAAGCCUUCCAAAGAGGCAGCAUUAUCUUAUCAACAAGAACUACAACAGCAGAUAAGAGAGAGAGAAGAACGACGCAGACAAGAGCGAGAGGAGAAGGAGAAGUUAGAAGCAGAAAUGAGGAAUUACAAUCCCUGGGGAAGAGGUGGUGGUGGAGCUCCUCUCAAAGAUGCAGAAGGAAAUCUAAUAACGGAUUUGAAUAUCAUGCACAAGCGAAAUGAAGAGGCAUAUCACAAUCCAGAGGCAAGACUAUAUGAAGAUAAAAGGGCUAUUGUUGACCUAAGUUUGGCCUCCUCAAGACCUGAGAACUCAGAAGCAUCUACAAAUAAAACAGCAGGUAUUACAUUUGCACAGGCCUCUCCUUUUGCUCGAGGUAAUGUGUUUGGUGAACCUCCAUCCCCAGAGCAGCUUAAGCGACAGGAAUCCUACAAGAACUUCCUGCGUCUCCAGAUUGAAGAGAAGAGACGUAGGGAAGAAGCAGAGCGAGAAAAACUUAGAAUCGAAGAAGAAAAAGAGGAAAAACGACUUGCAGAGCAGAGGAUGAGAAUUCAAAAAGCAUAUGAAGAAGAACUAGAGGAGAGAAGGAGGAAAGAUGAGGAGCGAAGAUUGAAAAAUAAAGAAGUAAUUCAAUUAGAUGAAGAAAGAAAAAAAGAGGCAGAGAAACAAGGGAAAGAAAAGGAAGAAAAGCAAGAGGAACGACUUAGACAAUAUUUUGAGAAAGAAAAGAUGGAAGAAGAAAAGAAGAUGUUGUCACGACAGUCUUCACCCAUCGUUCCCGCACUUCAGAACAAAUCUGUAAAAAAAGAAGAAAGGAUUCCCUCUGCUGAGAGCCAUCUGUCUUACUGUGCACAAGAUCCUGCACAGCCAAGAGCUCCCUCUCCACCUGUCCCUGCUAGAAGAAAUCAGCUGCGUUCAUUAGAGGAAAGGAAGAAUGUAAUCAACGAAUUGUCAGAGAUGAGGAAACAGCUUCGUAGUGAAGAGAGGCGACUGCAGGAACAGUUGCUAAAUGUGGCCAGUCAUGAUAAUGUACCAAUUACACGCAGGAGGCGAGAGAAGAAUCCAAGGGACAUAUUUGAGAUGGCCAGGCUUCGUCUGCAGGCUCCGGUUCGGCGACCUUCCUUAAAGGAGGCACAAGAUCCUGUCAAUAUACAGAAUAUCUGGGAUUUUAAUGAACUUAAAUACAAAGAUCCUGAAACACGUAUGGCCUUGAGGCACAUGUAUCCUGAUCCUCCAAAAGAUGACCAGACUCUAGAGAUUCAACAGCAGGCACUGUUGAGGGAGCAGCAGAGGAAACUCGACAGAAUGAGAAUGAGGAGAGAAACAGAAGCUUUUGAUGAUCAAAAUGAUCCUGCUUUGGACAGCUACCCACAAACCAUGGGCCUGUUCAGGAACAAAUCUAGUGAAUUCCAGAAAAAUUCACUGUUGGAAUCGGAUAGCGCUUUUAUUGGUGCUAAUGGGGAAACGUUUUCUGCCUUAGAAGAAGUGAAUUUAUUACCGCAGCAUCCACCUUCUGCAAGGGAGAGGAGACGACUAAGGCAGAGAGCUUUGGAGAGUGCUGAGGAAGUUCCAGCAGGACAGACACCACUGCUGCAGCCUGACAGCUUCUCUUUGCGCUCGGACUUCAGCCUUGACGUUGAUCAGGUGAAAGGCAAGAAUGAGGAGCAACUGCACAGACUGACUGAGCUCCAGCAGAAAUCUCCUUCCUUGGGUGAUGACAUUUCCUUAGGGGACGUGGACGACCUUCUGAAGCGCGCUCAGUCCCACGCCAGCUCCACUGACACCGUGGCCACAGAGCCCUGGCUGCGACCGGGAACGUCGGCCACGCUCCGGAGACUGCUGGAGGAGCAGCCGAGCCCAGCAAAGCCGUCCCCGGAGAACGCGCUCCCGCUGGGCUGGCAGGGGCUCUCCACCGCGCACGGCUGACCCCGCCUGCCGGGGAGCGCUGCAGGGAGACUUCUCUCCCGUGUGUGGAGCUGUGCGUGUAGUUGAAAACAGCAAUAAAUAAAUGAUCAGGCACUGCAGUGGAACGGAGAUGUAGCACAGGGAUGUUUUCUGGUCCGUGACAUGGGAAAUGAAAGAGUAGCUUGGCAGCUUUUGCACUUUUUAUACAACUUACGUUUCAGCCUCAGAAACGGAGUGUGGUGUUUGUGGAUUUGAGAUUAAAUCAAAGAUGUUUUUUAGCUUUACAGUCAAACUCCAAAACUUUCUGGCAUUAGAGUAGCCCAACAGCAGAAGGGCAUUACCCAAAGAGUGAGAAACUUGAAGGAGGACAUUUGGUUUUCACACAGGAUAAAUGCUGUCCUGCAUGAAAGCACAGCUGACACUUAAAUGGGAAAAAAAUUACUAUCAGCAAUGUGUCUUACA